AUGGCAUUCAAAGCUCAACAUCCUCUCCGUCUACACUCGCCGUACUGGCAGAAUGUGAUCAUUGGAAUUCUCGUGGGAUUGACGGCCGGACUUUAUGUUGCUUUGAAUCUCCUAGGAGCAGGUGGUGGCAAGCCCAACUCAGCUCAGACGGUCCAAGUCGUCAAUGCAGUCCUCUGCACAGUCUGGGUGUUUUCGGCCUCAUUCGGCGGUUCGGUGUUGAACAAGAUUGGACCAGCCCUCACUGCUUGCUUUGGAGUAAUCUCUUCGGGCUUGAUCUUCGUGACGAUGGGUUACAUCGCGAUGUCCUACUCUGAGGAGCGCGACCGUGGCAAGUACAUUACAAUAUCUGUCAACCUGCAGGCCGUGGGUUCGGUAGUAGCAGGCUUAAUUGCUCUGAUCAUCAACCGCAACUCAGCAGAGUCAACUGGCGUCCCAGCGCCAGUUUACAUCGUCUUCAUUGUCUUGAUGGGCAGCGGAAUGAUCAUUGCAUUCUCUUUGAGACCUCCAUCAAAAGUGAUCAGAGAUGACGGGACUGAAGUCGGCGUCGUCCAGGCUCGCACGUUUGUAGAGGAGAUCAAGGCCACUCUGGAGAGCUUCAAGGACUGGAAACUGCUUGUUAAGAUUCCAGCAUUUCUUCCCGCAGAAUGCUUCCUUGUAUAUGGAGGUUCUGUCAACGCAUAUCAUAACAACUUGCGGACUAGAUCACUAGUCUCGUUCGUGGCAGUGACACUGCAAAUCCCAGCUGGAUUAGGACUUCAAAUGAUUCUUGAUAACCAGAGAGCCUUUGCAGGUCUUCUGACUGUCGGGGUGCCUCUAAUGGCAGCAGGGAUUUGGGAGAUUGUUCGCGUGAGGAACUACGACCGAGCCAAUCCACCAAGCCGACCACUGGAUUGGUCUGAUGACGGAUUUGUUGCGAUUUUCUUCCUGUUCAUGUUGAACUGGGUAGCCAGCUCGUUGUGGCAAUACAUCAUUCUAUACUUCCUCGGGACUUUGACGAACUCGCCGCGGAAAUCCGCCAAUUAUGCUGGUGUCUUUCGUGGGAUCCUGGCCGCAGAUGAAGCAAUUUGCUUUGGCGUCGAUUCGAUUCAGGUGCCUUAUAUCUACGAGGCCGCCGUCAUAUUCGCAUUCUAUGGCUCUGGCCUGGUCAUCUUCGCUUGCUUGGCGAUGUUCUGCAUUAAAGAGACGGAGUACUUCAAUGGCGAAGAUGAUGUUGUCAUUCCCAAACACGUCUUGGAAGGGCGUGUCGUGAAGGGCGAAGAUUUUCCCCAGAGUGUCCAAGUCCAAGACGUAGAGAUAAAAGGGUCUUGA